GCCGCGCCCCUGCGCGUGUGCCUGGCGGCCGUCAUGACGCUGAUGAUCGCCGUGGGGUUCCUGGGCAAUUCCGUGGUCUGCGUCAUCGUGUACCAGCGGCCGGCCAUGCGCUCGGCCAUCAACCUGCUGCUGGCCACGCUGGCCUUCUCGGACAUCAUGCUGUCGCUGUGCUGCAUGCCCUUCGCCGCCGUCACCCUGGUCACCGUCCGCUGGCGCUUCGGCGACUACUUCUGCCGGCUGUCCGCCGCGCUCUACUGGUUCUUCGUCCUGGAGGGGGUGGCCGUGCUGCUGAUCAUCAGCGUGGACCGCUUCCUCCUCAUCGUGCAGCGCCAGGACAAGCUGAACCCGCGGAGGGCCAAGGUGAUCAUCGCCGCGUCCUGGGCGCUGUCCUUCUGCGUCUCGGCGCCGUCGCUGGCCGGCUGGGCGCUGGUGGAGGUGCCGGCGCGCGCGCCCCAGUGCGUGCUGGGCUACACGGAGGUCCCGGCCGGCCGCGCCUACGUGGUGACCCUGGUGGUGGCCGCGUUCUUUGUGCCCUUCGGCCUCAUGCUGGGCUCUUACCUGUGCAUCCUGCACACGGUGCGCAAGAACACCCUCCGCGUGCACAACCAGUCGGACAGCCUGGACCUGAGGCAGCUCACCAGGGCCGGCCUGCGGCGGCUCCAGCGGCAGCAGCAGGUCAGCUUGGACUUGAGCUUCAAAACCAAGGCCUUCACCACCAUCCUCAUUCUCUUCGUGGGCUUCUCCCUGUGCUGGCUGCCGCACUCGGUCUACAGCCUCCUGUCCGUGUUCAGCAGGCGGUUCUACUGCGGCCCGUCCUUCUACACCACCAGCGCCUGCGUCCUGUGGCUCAGCUACAUCAAGUCCGCCUUCAACCCCAUCGUCUACUGCUGGAGGAUCCGAAAGUUCCGCGAGGCCUGCGUCGAGCUGCUGCCGCAGACCUUCCAGAUCCUCCCCAAAGUGCCUGUGCGGAUCCGAAGGCGAGUCCAGCCGAGCACCGUCUACACGUGCAACGAAAACCAGUCGGCGGUCUAGGGGGAGGCAGGCGGGGCGCGCGGGGCCUGGGCCGGGGCGUGGCUGGCCCGCUCUGCUUCCUGGCGCUGGAGUGUAGUCGGCGUUUCGUGGCGGCCAGGGAAGCACAACGAAACUCACUUGUUACCAUCUGAGCUGCAGCUCCCGGGUUUGCAGGAUGAGUGAGUUCUGUGUCUUGCUGCAGGAGAGCAGUUGUGGUCUGAUGGGGACUGCGUGUGGUUAAGGUGCUGGGAAAUGGCAGAGGCCCAGGAAGAAG